AUGGCGAUGAAAUAUUUGUUACUAGCCAUUAUCAUGAUUAUUGAACUGCAUAAUGGCGUAUCAUUAGCAGUGGAUGGUGGAGAUACGCUUCUUUUAGGCGAUUCGCUCACUGGAAAUCAGACCAUAACGUCAAAGAAUCGCACGUUUACUUUGGGAUUUUUCAGUCCUGGAGGAACGAAUAAAUGGUAUAUUGGCAUCUGGUAUGCGCCACUCUCUCAGAAGGCCUUUGUUUGGGUGGCUAACAGAGAAAAUCCUAUCAGAAGCAUGCCCGGUGUUCUUAAAUUUGCGCGCGAUGGUCAUCUUAACUUGUUUGAUGGAAAUGGUCUGUCAGUUUGGUCAACUGACGCUAGCCCGAAAGGGUCCCGUGCUCUGAUAAUGGACUCUGGUAAUUUCAUUCUGCUGGACGCCCACAACCAAACUCAGAUUGUCUGGGAAAGUUUCGCACAUCCGGGAAAUACAUGGUUGCCCGGCAUGAAGAUGUGGAAGGGCAUGAAGCUAACUUCCUGGAAGAGUUCUGUGGAUCCUGCAGUUGGGUUAUUCUCUUUGGAAAUGGACAAGUCUCCAGGAGAAACGGAGAUGAAGUUGGUCUAUAACAAGAGCGUGGUCUAUAGUUCUGGCGGAGAGUGGACUGGCAACCAAUUCGCCAAGAUUCCAGAGAUGUCAGCUCAGAAGAGGUUAAAAAUGUCCUGUGUAAGGCUUUCUCCUUCAAGAAUAUACUUUAAUUUUAGCAUAAACCCAAUAGAUCAUACCCUCACAGGGCGGUUCCUUUUAGAUGAGAAUGGCGAAUUUCAGCUCCACUUCUGGAUGGAUGACGGUAGAUGGAGUCUGAGGUGGUCAACAUAUCGAGGUCAAUGCAGUGAUUACAAUAUCUGUGGGGCGUAUGGACUGUGCAAUUCGAAUGAUGUGUGUAGUUGUUUACAGGGUUUCACACCCAAGCACGACUCAAGCGGUUGUAGCUGGUGGCCAAACGGGUGUGUUCGACGAAGACCCCUGCAAUGCUCUGUCACAGAGGGCACAACCGACGGGUUCCUGGAAGCCAAGAACCAAUACUUGCCCGAAAUGGAAACUGUCUUUUACAACAACGAGCCAACACAGCAUGGCUGCCGGACAGCUUGUCUCAAAAAUUGCUCCUGCACAGCCUUUGCUUUGGCUAUUUCUGAUCCACCCGUUUGUAGAUUGUGGUUUGGAGAUUUAUUGAGAAUGCACGUUUCGCCGGAGGGCCAAUCCGUCUUUGUUAGGCUGGCUGCUUCUGAGUUGCCGCAAUUGACUUCACAUCAAAGCAGCAAAACUUCUCGUCUUUUCCUUUCACUUCCUCCAACUUUCUCGGCUGUUUUAGUUCUUUUCUUGGCCUCAUUUCUUCUGUGGAAAAAUCGAAGACUGCGGGAGGAGAGCGUUCAAGAGGACGUGCCAAUAACGCUCAAAAUGUUCACUUACAAAGAGCUACGAAUUGCAACUCAAAAUUUCAAGCAUAAGCUGGGGAGCGGAGGAUUCGGGUCCGUGUUCAAAGGAACUCUGGCGGACAACACGCUUGUUGCGGUGAAAAGAUUGGAGGGUUCCAUGCAAGGAGAAAAGCAAUUCCGUGCGGAAAUAAGCACCAUCGGCAGCCUACAGCAUGUGAAUCUUGUCAGCUUGCGGGGAUUCUGCGUAGAACGUUCAUGUAGGUUAUUGGUGUAUGCCUACAUGACCAAUGGCUCCCUGAAUUCAUUCCUCUUCUCAAAGUCAGAAGAAGCAAAGAAGGUGUUGGAAUGGAAAACUCGUUUCAAGAUCGCACUGGGAACUGCGCGAGGAUUAGUUUAUCUCCACGAAGAAUGCAGGGAUCGCGUUAUUCACUGCGAUAUUAAGCCUGGAAACAUUCUGUUGGACGGCGACUUCCGCCCAAAGAUAGCUGAUUUUGGGCUGGCAAAGCUGGUGGGCAGAGAUUUCAGCCGCGUACUGACAACCACAAUUGGAACUCCAGGGUACUUGGCUCCAGAGUGGAUCUCAGGCCUUCCUAUCACUCCAAAGGCAGACGUAUACAGUUUUGGCAUGACGAUGUUUGAAAUUAUAUCAGGCCGAAGAAAUCUGGUUUUAGCGGUGGAGGAAAGUCGGUUUUACUUUCCUACCUGGGCUUUAUCUCAAAUUCAGAGGGGAAACAUAAUAGAUGUUGUGGAUUCAAGGAUAGCAAGUGAGGCGGAUAUGAAAUAG